GCGCUGUUAGCUGUCCCCAUAGGCUACGUACUAUCAAGACGGUUAGGCUACUAGGCGGACAACCUGUCGUUCGAGCUGUUGGGUGGCUUAGCAGUAUUCCUGUCGCUCAGGUCUGGACAUUUGUUGAGGAAUCGCGAUGCUCCGCACCGUGCUUACCAGAACUUUCCCACGGAUUGUCAGUCCGGUGGCCCGUCAGUUCUCCGCCGCUGCAAUCCCUGCUCCGAACGGCCAGCCUGAUGUGCACUUCAACAAGCUCUUCAUCAAUAAUGAGUGGCAGGACGCCAUCAGUAGGAAGACCUUCCCCACCAUCAACCCGUCCACUGGGGAGGUCAUCUGCCAAGUGGCUGAGGGAGAAAAGGCAGAUGUGGACAAGGCCGUGAAAGCAGCCAAAGAUGCUUUUAAGAUGGGAUCACCAUGGCGACGCAUGGAUGCUUCUCACAGGGGGCUGCUUCUGAGCCGAUUGGCUGACUGCAUCGAGAGGGAUGCGGCCUAUCUGGCUGAGCUGGAGACGCUGGACAACGGGAAACCGUACGCGGUGUCUUACUGUGUGGACGUGCCCAUGGUCGUUAAGUGCCUCAGGUAUUAUGCUGGAUGGGCGGACAAGUGGGAGGGGAAAACCAUUCCGAUCGACGGCGACUACUUCUGCUACACCCGACACGAGCCCAUCGGAGUGUGUGGCCAGAUCAUCCCGUGGAACUUCCCACUGCUGAUGCAGGCCUGGAAGCUGGGCCCUGCUCUGGCCACAGGGAACACAGUGGUGAUGAAGGUGGCCGAGCAGACGCCUCUCACUGCCCUGUACGUAGCCAACCUCAUCAAAGAGGUUGGUUUUCCGGCCGGAGUGGUGAAUAUCAUCCCGGGAAUGGGCCCCACUGCAGGUGCUGCUAUCGCCUCCCACAUGGAUGUGGACAAGGUGGCCUUCACAGGGUCCACAGAGGUUGGUCACCUGAUCCAGCAGGCCGCGGGCGCCAGCAACCUGAAGAAGGUGACACUGGAGCUGGGGGGCAAGAGCCCCAACAUCAUCCUGUCCGACGCCAACAUGGAAGAGGCGGUGGAGCAGGCGCACUUUGCGCUCUUCUUUAACCAGGGCCAGUGCUGCUGUGCGGGCUCGCGCACGUACGUGCAGGACAGCGUCUACGACGAGUUCAUGGAGCGCAGCGUGGAGAGGGCCAAGGCAAGGGUCGUGGGGAACCCCUUCAACCUGAGCACAGAGCAGGGCCCCCAGGUGGAUGAGGAGCAGUUCCAGAAGAUUCUGGGCUACAUCAGCACAGGGAAGCGGGAGGGGGCGAAGCUGAUGUGUGGGGGAGGGGUGGCGGCCGAUCGCGGGUACUUCAUCCAGCCGACCAUCUUCGGAGACGUCCAGGACAACAUGACCAUCGCCCGCGAGGAGAUUUUCGGGCCGGUGAUGCAGAUCCUGAAGUUUAAGGACCUGGAGGAGGCGCUGGAGAGAGCCAACGACUCAAAGUACGGUCUGGCAGCCGGCGUCUUCACCAGGGACAUCGAGAAGGCACACUACCUCACCAACGGCCUGCGUGCCGGGACUGUGUGGGUGAACUGCUACGAUGUGUUUGGAGCACAGGCUCCCUUCGGAGGCUACAAAGCGUCUGGGAAUGGCCGAGAAUUGGGGGAGUACGGACUGAACAACUACACUGAAGUCAAAGCGGUGACGAUUAAGGUUCCCCAGAAAAACUCGUAAGAAAACCCUGCCACCCGCGUGGACAAUGUGAACAUGGAAUAAAAGGAGUAUGACCCCUGUGAAGUCCAUAUGCACUGCAUGUGUGGAUUUACAGCACACUCCUGCUUGUUCAGCCCAAGCCUCCAAACUACUCAAAUUAUUUUCCCCCUUUUCUGUGAAUGGGCACAAGCAAAAAACACCAAACUGAAAAAAAAAUUGUAUAGAUUUUUGUAAACAUAUUUUCUGAUGGGGGCACUAGAAGGAUUUAGCCUAGUUUUUGCGGAUUAGUGAUAUUUUUGCAGGGGUGACUACUGUAACUGCCUACUAAAAAAAAUAAAAAAAAAUAAAAAAACUUUGAGUUGACCUUUAGUAAAUCUGUGUGUCUCAGCAAACACAAUUUGAAAAAGCCCUUCCAUUUCUUUAACAGAUAUUUUGAUAAAUGUAUUCUUCAUUUACACACACUGUAUUACAUAUCUAUAUCACAUAUCUAAGUCCAGUUAUUUUUUAAUUCGUUAAUUCAUGCCUAAACUGUUCUCCUUUGUCAUCAGCCUGCGUGUAUUUGUUUAAUAAAGGCAUAAGAUGUUGA